CAGUGGUUUCAGUGGAGAGCAGCGCCACAGCGCCCUCUGCCGGACGGCAACUGAAUGAUUCUAACACUAACAACAGGGUGCGCUCCGUGAUUCGGGGACCCCCCGCUCACUAUCCUGCUGCCAUUUCUUCUUCAUUCCAUUGGUGCCUUCUGAGAGCGGGGAUGGGCAGCAUCCUGCAGGAGCGGGUAGCGCAGCGCUGCGUGGAGAGGCUCUGCGUCGGUGACAAGGAGUGGAAGAAGAAAGCUCCGAGAAGCACCAGCAGGCCCAAUGUGGCCGGGACCAAGAUGGGAAGGAGGCAGUCACAAAGGAAGUUUCCACAGCCGCAGUGCCCGAUCCAGAGUCAGGAGAACAACCAUGAGAAGAAACCACAGAGAAGGAAACACAAGGCUAACAAAUGCAGCGCUCCGCAGCACAGCAGCGCUCAGGGAACCUCCAUGUUUCAUCCAGCGGCCCCUGAGGAAGACAGGAUGAAGAUCAAGGUGUCACCAGCCACGGAGAGCAGGAAGCACACGCACACAGGGCUGAGAACGAGCAAACACGCACCAGCCCUCCUGGACCACGGCCUGCCUCCUCUCAGCCCUGACCAGCAGGAGGAGCUCUCCCCGCAGGAGGACAGUGACACAGACUUGUCUGAGUCAGAAAGACUCCCCCUGUCCUCCCGUCCCCUCGCCCCGCGACUGGAGCUCAGGCCCGAGGUGGUGGAGGAUGGAGACGCCCCGCCUCACUGCCGGACGGUCAGAGGACGGGACUUCCCAGACUUCCUCCCUCCACCGUUCAAUUCGUGGAGCCUCAGUCAGCUGGCUGUUUUCUACAACACGGAGGGCAGAGGGGCCUUCCGACCCCGGCCCGUGGGCCCCUUGGAGCGGUACCUGGAGAGGUUGCUGCAGCUGGAGUGGCACCAGAUCCAGACGGUUCAGGCGGAGCGUGGGACGCAGGACGUACCAGGAGGGACGUCCUGUUGCCAGAGGUCCAGCGCUGCGGCCCCGGCCCCGACUCGCCUCAGCUCUCCCAAAUGCAUCCUGCAGUGCCAGCGCGCCUUCCCCCUCUCCUUCCUGUCCUCGCUAGCUGGACACUCCGCCCUUCUGGCCUGUGGCACUAGCGGUUUAUGCCGGAUCUGCUCCUCCAGCUGUAGCCCAUCAUGCUGCCGCUCCACCCACAGCCACAGCCAUCUGUCCAGACAUAGUCCGGAUGGCAGCAGAGGGCCCCUGCCGCGCCCCAAAAGGAGCUAUAGUGAGAGCCGGGUCCACUCGUCAGAUAGGAGGCUCAGAACCCAGAGGUCCGGCAGCCCCACCGGCUCCAGCAGCUACCUGAGGAGGAUGCAGGCUUCAGGAAACAUCCGGAAUCCCAUCCAUGCUGGUCCAGGAAGGACCCAUUCCUCUGUUAGGGGCUGUGAUGAGCCAGACUGGACAGCGGGAGUUCAAAGGAAGAGGAGCGGCUCUGAACAGAGGAGAGGUGGAGGGAGGCGCGUGAACAGAUCAGAGACGAGCCGGAGCAGUUCUGAGAGCAGAACAGGAAGAGCAGAGCGGAGCGAAGCCGCUGGCUGGACAGAGCAGGAAGUCACUGGAGUUAGUGUUUGUUUACCCGGGUCCAGACAUCCCCCCGUCCAGAGGCCGAGCAGGUCCAAACAGGUUGAAUUUGUUACAUGACAGCUCACACACUGCCAUCAAUCAGAGACCUGAUCAUCACCGGAUGAUCAUUCAUAUGAUCAACAUGUCUGUGUUUCAGCUGCAGAAAUUAUUUAAUGACUCAUUUUUAGCACCAUUACAAACACAAUGUGGUGUUUGUUGAAUGUUUACAUAAACAUCAAUGGAACCUGUAGGUGCUAAAGGCCUAGCUGUUCUUUUUUAAAAGAUGUUUUAUCCGUAAGCUACACUGCCUUACAAAAGUAUUCAUACCUCCUGAAGUGUUUUAUAUUGUGUCACAUUGCACACAUAAGCAAAAUGUGUCUUUGUGACACCAACACAAAGCAGGAACGAUUUCUUUGUUUUGUUGUUUUUCUAUUGAGGCAUAAAUCUAAACUCCAGUAAAUGAAAACAUAAGUAUUAAUAUAUUCACAAACGUAUGUAUGUGGCCAUUUUGAAUGUUUUGUGUCAUUGCCAUAUCCAAUCACAGUAAUUGAAAUGGGAUGCAUUCAGGUGAGGCUUGUUUGAUUAAAAAAAACCUUUUCAUUAAGCCCACAUUUCUGUUCUGAAAUAUUUGUAUUGGCCUGGUGUAAUAUUCUAAUCUUGAGUGUCAUGUUUUCAACAGUUGUAAACUGAAAAUCUUCUUAGCUAACAGAAAUAAAGGUCGGAAAACA